AUCAAAUUACCAGACGAAUCUCCAGCCUCAAAGCCAAUGGAAAUUUCCACAACAAAAAAAUUGACAAGUAGAAGAAGAAGAACAGAAACAUUACUCGUACCAUGGCAUUAAAUUUCAGCACAGUUCCGCUUCACACAAAGCACCCUUCUUUCUUGAUUCCAAAUCACAAGCGUGAGCUCAACAGGCAGUGUUCUUCUCAGCCUUGGCUCUCAUCGUCUGGCAGAUCGGCUGCUUUGUCUGAAGGGACAGAAGGUGGGGUUACAGAGAAGGAACCCCCAGAUUACUCUGGGUCAGCAACUUCAGCUCGUGCACAACUUGAUCUCUUGCAACAGCUCACUUCAAGUAGCCUGGAUUUUAAUGGCUACGAGAGCGAUGGUGGUUCAAGCGGAUUGAGUAUUCGUGAUCAGCUGGCCAAGUUGUUUGGAGAGCGAGAUGAUGAUUUCAGCGUUCCGUUGGGUAAGAAUUUGAAGAAGUUUACUCCAAAGGUUUUAACUAUUUCACAGAAGAGAAACAUCAAAAGACAGGCUUACCUAGAUGAGGUAUCUCAAAGAAAUGACUCGGUUUUCUUUGCAACCAUUGGAGCAUUUGUAAUCCUUCCACCCAUUAUUAUCUUAGGAAUUGCAAUAGCAACUGGUUAUGUGCAGCUAUUUCCAUGACUUGCCUAUUGCUUGCUCUGUAACUUAUACUUUUCAUUAUCAAUCUGAUGCAAUAUAUGUGUUUAUUAGUUGCACAA